AUGGCGAUGAACCUGCCACCCAUCGGUGGGAACAGCGGGGGCGCCCAUACUCAACCUUCCCUACCCUCGUUGCCUGCACAUUCACAAUCGGACACGCAGUUGACGGCACACUUGGCCAGUCGUUUCCAUGUGUCGCUGCCAACCGCCCGCCUUUCGUCUCACGCCCUUAUAUCUCUCAACACAUAUACAUCGUCCGCCAAGGGACCUGAUGGCGGCAAGGAGGGGAGCGCCAUGGGCGGCGCUGAAGAUAUCGCGGACCGGGCCUGGAUCAGAUUGGGACACAGAUCUGAAAACCAGGCCGUCGUUUUUUUCUUGAAUAGGGGCGAAUCCGGCUCAGGAAAGUCAACAAUCCGAUCCCACCUCUUGACCGCGUUCCUCGGCAAGUCGUCCACUCCUCUCUCCACCAAGGUUUCUUUGGCUGCCUACGUCUUCGACACCUUGACCACGACAAAGACCGCUACUACUCCCACAGCCUCCAAGGCAGGACUGUUUUAUGAGCUGCAAUAUGACACGGCCACUACCACCAACCCCGUUCUCAUUGGUGCCAAGCUCCUCGACCACAGACUCGAGCGGAGCCGUAUCACGGAUAUCCCGACGGGAGAACGCAACUUCCACAUUUUGUACUACUUGAUGGCCGGCACCAGCGCGGCGGAAAAGUCCCAUCUUGGCUUCGAGACGCCGGCGGGUGUUGCGCAGAAGAGAUGGAAAUACCUGGGUCAUCCCACCCAACUCAAGGUCGGCAUCAACGAUGCCGAGGGCUUUCAGGUCUUCAAGAACGCCCUCAAGAAGCUGGAGUUCCCCCGUAGCGAGAUUGCCGAGAUCUGCCAGGUUCUUGCCAGCAUCCUACACAUCGGCCAGCUCGAGUUCGAGACCACGUCCGAUACCCAAGCCACCGGCGACGACAGCGGCGGUUUCUCUCAUGAGGGCGGCCAGACCGUGACGGCUGUGAAAAACAAGGACGUUCUCGGCAUCGUUGCUGCUUUCCUGGGUGUCGGCACCCAGGACCUGCAGACCACUUUGUCUUACAAGACCAAGAUGAUCCACAAGGAGAGAGUCACCGUCAUGCUGGACCCCAACGGCGCCCGCUCGCAUGCCAACGAGCUCGCCCGCACACUCUACUCACUCUUGGUUGCUUACAUCGUGGAGUCCAUCAACCAGAGACUAUGCGCCCCGGAAGAGAGCGUGGCCAAUACCAUCUCCAUCAUCGACUUCCCCGGAUUCGCUCAGCAGGCCGCCACCCACUCGGCGCUCGACCAGCUGCUCAACAACGCCGCCUGCGAGGCUCUGUACAAUCUGACUCUGCAGAACUUUUUCGACCGCAAAGCAGACAUGUUGGAGAAUGAAGAGGUCAGCGUCGCGGCCACAAGCUACUUUGACAACUCGGACGCUGUCCGUGGUCUCCUCAAGCCCGGAAAUGGCCUGCUCAGCAUCCUGGACGAUCAGACCAGGAGAAACCGCAGCGACCUGCAGUUCCUCGAGAGUCUCCGCAAGCGGUUCGAGGGGAAGAACCCGGCCAUCACCCCCGGCUCGGCCAACACCAGGCUCCCGGGAAGCAACUUCUACACCGAGAACACUGCAGCCUUGUUCACUGUCAAGCACUUUGCUGGUGAGGUCGACUACCCCGUCAAGGAUAUCAUCGAGGAGAACGGCGAGGUCAUCUCUGGUGACCUGCUCAACAUGAUCAACUCCACCAAGAGUGAGUUCGUAGCCAGGCUCUUUGGUCAGGAAGCCCUGAGGACUGUCACGCACCCGAAGGAGCGGUCGACUGUCAUGCAGGCUACCAUCAGCUCCAAGCCUACGAGGGCGCCCAGUGUGAUGUCUCGCAAGACCACCAGGACCGCCCGCAAUCAGCGCAGGAUCCAGCAGUAUCAGCAGCAGCAGGACGAGGCCGCUCAGGACGAGCUCGACCGGCUCAGUGAGGGCAAUUCGCAGUCCGGCAGCGGCUCCAAGCUGCAGGCGUCCGAGCAGGGCGCGUCCGGCCAGUUCCUCGCGUCCCUGGACAACGUCACUAAGUCCGUCGCCGACCCGAGCACCAACUCAUACUUUGUCUUUUGCUUGAAGCCCAACGACAGACGUAUCGCCAACCAGUUCGACAGCAAGUGCGUCCGCACCCAGGUGCAGACCUUUGGCAUUGCUGAGAUCAGCCAGCGCCUACGUUCGGCCGACUUUAGUCUUUUCCUGCCCUUUGGUGAGUUCCUUGGUCUCGCCGACUCGGACACCAUCCUCGUCGGCACGGAGCGGGAGCGCGUCGAGCUCGUUGUCGAGGACAAACACUGGUCCAGUAAUGAGGUCAGAAUCGGCUCUACUGGUGUCUUCCUCAGUGAGCGUUGCUGGAUGGAGAUCGCCCAGCUGUCCGACAGUGCGUCUGCCACCGGACGCUACAACCUGCCGUCUGAUGCCGGUGAUGGCCUUACCCCUCAGGAUACCCCGUUCGCCGCCUCCAAGGAGCGCCUGCUUUCUGCCGGCAACACUCCCCUUGUAUACGGCGAGAAGGGCAAGAACGGCUACUUUGGCCCCGAUGGGUCUGACGCUCGCUCAGAAGCCGGCGUGUCGGCGUUUGGCGGUGGCGACAUGUUCAAGAACCUUGACACCAGAGAGCAGAUGGCAGAGCGCGGAAACGAGAAGAGCCUGGAGGAGGUCGAGGAGUUCAAGGAUAGUCCUAGCCGUAAGCGGUGGGUCUUCAUGGUCUUCCUUAUGACCUGGUUCGUUCCGGACAUUCUCAUCCGCAAGCUGGGCCGCAUGCCUCGCAAGGAUAUCCGUGUGGCGUGGAGAGAGAAGCUGGCCAUCAACAUGCUGAUCUGGCUGUUCUGUCUGUUCGCGGCCUUCUUCAUUGUCGUCUUCCCCAAGGUUAUCUGUCCCACCCAACACGUCUAUAGUGCAGAGGAACUGAGUUCCAACGAUGGCAAGGACUCUAACUCUGCCUACGUUUCAAUUCGCGGUGUUGUCAUCGACCUAGGCGCGUACGCUCCUCGACACUACCCGCCCUACGUUACGGUCAAGCAGCUGAAGAACUACGCUGGCAAAGACAUCAGCUCUCUGUUCCCUAUCCAGGUCAGCGCUCUUUGCCAAGGCAAGGACGGCUCCGUCGAUCCCCAUGUCACCCUAGACUAUCGCAACACCAACCUCACGGGCUCUGCACAGCUUACGUCGAUCGACCUGAACUUCAAGUACCACGACUUCCGCUACUUCACCAAUGACAGCCGUCCGGACUGGUACUACGAGCAGAUGACCAUGCUUAAGAACUUGUACAAGAAGGGCAACGUCGGCUACUCGCCUCAGUACGUCAAGACGCUCGCCAACAAGCAGCAGAAUAUUGUCAUGUUGAGUGGCCGCGUGUAUGACAUGACACAGUACUUGGCCGGCGGUAAUAAGAUGCAGGCCAAGGCUGGUGAGUCGGUUCCCGACGACCAGUCUCUGUCUCGGUUCAUGGAUGGCGCGGUGGAGUCGUUGUUCCAGGGCAAAUCGGGUACCGAUAUCACGGAGCUAUGGGACAAUCUCUCAAUGGAUGCCGCCUUGAAGCAGCGCAUGAAGACGUGUCUCGACAACCUCUUCUACGUCGGCGACAUCGACACGCGUAACUCGGUUCGCUGCCAGUUUGCCGAGUACUUGGUUCUCGCCAUAUCUAUCAUUCUGUUUGUCAUUCUAGGAUUCAAGUUCCUGGCCGCGCUGCAAUUCGGUGGCAAGAACAUGCCCGAGAACCUCGACAAGUUCGUCAUGUGUCAGAUCCCCGCCUACACGGAAGACGAGGAGUCUCUCCGCCGUGCCAUUGACUCCGCCGCCAGAAUGCACUACGACGAUAAGCGCAAGCUGCUCGUUGUCAUCUGCGACGGCAUGAUUAUCGGACAGGGCAACGACAAGCCGACCCCUCGCAUCGUUCUUGACAUUCUCGGUGUUUCCGAUACCGUCGAUCCCGAGCCCCUAAGCUUCGAAUCGCUCGGUGAAGGUCAAAAGCAACACAACAUGGGCAAGGUGUACUCCGGUCUCUACGAAGUACAAGGCCACAUCGUACCCUUCCUGGUCGUUGUCAAGAUCGGCAAGCCGUCCGAAGUGUCCCGUCCCGGCAACCGUGGCAAGCGUGACUCCCAAAUGGUCAUCAUGCGCUUCCUCAACCGCGUUCACUACAACCUGGCUAUGAGUCCUCUCGAGCUCGAAAUCUACCACCAGAUCCGCAACAUCAUCGGUGUCAACCCAACCUUUUACGAGUUCAUGUUCCAGAUUGAUGCCGAUACAGUCGUAGCCCCUGACUCCGCUACUCGUAUGGUGGCUGCGUUCCUCAACGACACCCGCCUCAUUGCAGUGUGCGGCGAGACGGCGUUGACCAACGCCAAGGCCUCGUUCAUCACGAUGAUUCAGGUGUACGAGUACUGGAUUUCCCACAACCUAACCAAGGCCUUUGAGAGUCUGUUUGGCAGCGUCACCUGUUUACCCGGUUGUUUCUCCAUGUACCGCAUCCGUGCUGCUGAGAGCGGAAAGCCUCUGUUUGUCAGUCGCGAAGUCGUCGAGGCCUAUUCGACGAUCCGUGUCGAUACCCUGCACAUGAAGAACCUGCUCCACUUGGGCGAGGAUCGAUAUCUGACGACGCUGCUCCUCAAGUACCACAACAAGUACAAGACUAAGUACACCAACAGGGCGCACGCCUGGACAAUCGCACCGGACUCUUGGGCCGUCUUCCUCUCGCAGAGACGCCGCUGGAUCAACUCGACCGUUCACAACCUCAUGGAGCUCAUUCCCAUGUCCCAGCUCUGCGGUUUCUGCUGCUUCUCUAUGCGCUUCAUCGUGUUUAUCGACUUGCUGUCCACGAUUGUCCAGCCUGUUGUUGUCGCUUACAUCAUCUACCUCAUCGUCAUGGUCGCACAGAACCCAUCCGUUAUGCCAGUCACGGCUUUUAUUAUGCUCGCUGCUAUCUACGGCCUGCAGGCCAUCAUUUUCAUCCUUCGACGCAAAUGGGAAAUGAUUGGCUGGAUGAUUCUGUACAUUCUGGCCAUCCCUGUCUUCAGUUUCGCCCUGCCGCUGUACUCUUUCUGGCACAUGGACGACUUCAACUGGGGUAACACGCGUGUCAUUGCUGGUGAGGCAGGUAAGAAGAUUGUCAUUUCUGACGAGGGCAAGUUCGACCCCUCCGUCAUCCCCAAGAAGAAGUGGGAGGAGUAUCAGGCCGAGCUUUGGGACGCUCAGACCGUCAAGGAGGACGCUCGCUCCGAGGUUUCCGGUUACAGCUACGCGACCAAGGGCCAUGCCCCGGUCUCUGAGUACGGCUACCACAGCCGUCCGGGCUCUGUCGCCGGCGGAUACGCGCCCCCAAGGGCCCCCGGAAUGGGCUACGACCAACGCAACACGUCACGCAUGUCCCUCGCUGCCUCGGAGAUGGGCGGCAACCGCAACAGCCAAUUUGGCGGCUCUCAGUUCUUCUCCCCCGAGGACAUGGUCGGCCUUCCCAGCGACGACGCGCUACUUGCCGAAAUCCGCGAGAUUUUGCGGACCGCCGACCUGAUGACGGUGACGAAGAAGGGCAUCAAGCAGGAGCUGGAACGUCGCUUCGGUGUUCCCCUCGAUGCCAAGCGGCAGUACAUCAACAGCGCAACGGAGGCACUCCUGUCUGGCCAAUUGUAA